AUAUAAAAAAAACAAUGAGGAUAUCAAGGCCUACUAAAAACAUAUAAUCAUAUCAAGUUUUGUACAUAUCGACCUGUCAAAGUACUAGUUCUAGUGCAUAUUUUAUUCAUUGGUAUGCUAUUAGAUUAACUUAUAAUUUCCACAUUUCACUCCACCAGAUGAUUAUUUUUUCAAACUCAAUAGAAUUAGAUUAAUUAUAUAUCAUCCCGCCAUCCUUUUAAGUAGUGCAGUUUAGACAUCGAACCACAUGUACAUUUACAGUGAGAGGGAGAGGGAGUGGGUGUGUUGAAGAAAAGAGAAUGUCAAAUGAUGGCAGAAAGAAGGAGGUGGUUGGGAUAAUAGGAGCUGGAAUCAGCGGCCUCUUAGCCUGCAAAUACUGUGUUUCUAAAGGAUUCGAUCCCAUUGUGUUCGAGUCGGAGAGUAGCAUUGGAGGUGUGUGGACUAAGACCAUCGAGAACACUAAGCUGCAGACACCAAAACCCCUUUACCAAUUCUCUGAUUUUCCAUGGCCUGGUUCCGUCACGGAAAUGUUCCCUGACCAACACACCGUGCUGGAGUACAUUGAAUCGUAUGCAAGUCGCUUUGAUUUGCUCACACGCAUUCAGUUCAAUAACAAAGUGUUGAACCUCAGCUACUCUGAGACGGACGCAAUUAGUUGGACCGGAGAAUGGAUGUCUAAAGGGAAAUGGAACGUCACUGUACAACACACUCCAACCCUUUCCAUAAAGGUAUACCAAGUUGAUUUUGUGAUAGUAUGUGUGGGAAGGUUCAGUCAAGUCCCAAACAUCCCUGAAUUUCCUCCAAACAAAGGCCCUGAGGUUUUUGAAGGAAAAGUAAUCCAUUCAAUGGAUUAUUCAAAGAUGGACUCCGCAACUGCAACCAACUUUGUCAAAGGAAAAAAUGUGGCCGUUGUUGGAUUUCAAAAAUCAGGACUGGACAUUGCCAUGGAGUGCUCCACGGUAAAUGGGGUUGAACGUCCAUGCACUGUAGUAAUCAGGACACCACAUUGGAACCUUCCUGAUUAUUUCCCGUGGGGAUUCCCUAUGGCUAAACUCUAUUUAAAUAGAUUCUCAGAACUUAUGGUGCAUAAACCUGGUGAAGGCCUUCUUUUGUAUCUCAUGGCUACAAUUCUCUCGCCUCUGAGGUGGGGCUUCUCAAAGUUUGUGGAAAGCCAUAUAAAACACAAGCUCAAGCUCUCAAAACACGGGAUGGUCCCAGAUCAUAGUUUCUUAAACGAAUUGAGUGCGUGUUUAGUUUCUACAGUGCCUGAGGGCUUCUACAACAGAGCAGAGGAAGGACGUCUCAAGCUCAAGAAGGCUAAGAAAUUUGGUUUCUCAAAAGAAGGUAUCGUACUUGAAGGUCAAGAUGAACCGAUUAAAUCGGACUUGGUCAUACUGGCUACCGGCUUCAACGGAAUAGACAAGCUCAAACACAUUUUUGAAUCACCAAAAUAUCAGGAAUUCAUAGCAGGCUCAGAUGAUUCUGCUGCAGUUCCUCUCUAUAGGGAAUGCAUCCAUCCCCAAAUUCCACAACUGGCAAUAAUUGGAUUCUCAGAAAGCAUAGCUAAUCUAUACACCUCAGAAAUAAGGUGCCGAUGGUUGGCAGAGCUUCUUGAUGGAAAAUUCAAGCUACCUAGCAUGAAGGUGAUGGAGAAAGACAUAGCAGAAUGGGAUAAAUACAAGAAGAGAUACUCAAAGAAGUACUACAGGAGAUCAUGCAUCGGUGCAUUGCAUAUUUGGCACAACGACCAACUCUGCAAGGACAUGGGCUGGAAUCCUAAGAGGAAAAAGGGUCUUUGGGCUGAGUGGCUCGAACCUUACGGACCAAUGGACUACGCAGGCCCAAUAUAAGAUCAGCACCCAAGUUUCUCAUCCCAGUCUUUCCCUUUGUUUUUUAGUUCUUCCCAAGUUUCAUGUUGUACUAUCUUAUAAGUAUGAACUGUCACUUUCUCACUCAACAUAAAAGCUUAUUGAUUCCACUCAGGAAAGCUUUAUACAUCAGCUUGACAUUCAUUCA